GUGAAGGCAGGGCGGAGGCAUGUAGGUACUGCGCAUGGAUUCGUGUGACUUGGGGUGUUUGAAAUUAUGGGCCAAGUCCAGGGAAUCUAAAGACAGUAACUUAUCAGCUUCCGGAACCCUUCCUCUGAGCAGAGUCCUGAAAACCCAAGUUUUGCGGCAAGUAGGAGGUGUCAUAUUAGUUGUUUUUUUUUUCAGUCCCCAAAUCUCGGCUUCGACGUUUGGUCCAAGCUUAAUUCUCGUUCUCAAGCCAGUUUUGCCUGAAUUCUCGCAAGUUUGGUAGGAUAACCCCAGAGCAGCCUGGGAGCCGGUAUCUCCUAGGAGCUAGACUAGGGCCCUUGGAGCCUGCGAGGACUUGGAAGUCUCGGCCUGUCCUGGGAGCGGUUUAACCUCGGCGAGUCCCUGCUCUGAGCUCCUGGCAGCGAUGGACGAGGACUUGGUGUUAGCGCUACAGCUUCAGGAGGAGUGGGACUUGCAGAUCGCGGGGCGCGAUAAGGCCCCGCAGCCCUUGUCGCUAGUGGACGCGUCGUGGGAGCUGGUGGACCCCACCCCAGAUUUGCAGGCCCUGUUUGUGCAGUUCAACGAUCGGUUCUUCUGGGGCCAGCUGGAGGCCGUAGAGGUGAAAUGGAGCAUGCGCAUGACCCUGUGUGCUGGGGUAUGCAGCUAUGAAGGAAGUGGUGGAAUGUGUUCCAUCCGUCUCAGUGAACCGCUUUUAAAAUUGAGACCAAGAAAGGAUCUUAUAGAGACCCUCUUGCAUGAAAUGAUACAUGCCUACUUAUUUGUCACUAAUAAUGAUAAGGACCGGGAAGGGCAUGGUCCAGAGUUUUGUAAACACAUGCAUCGCAUCAACCGCCUGACAGGAGCCAAUAUAACGGUAUACCAUACUUUUCAUGAUGAAGUGGAUGAAUAUCGUCGGCAUUGGUGGCGCUGCAAUGGACCCUGUCAAUACAGAAAACCUUAUUUUGGCUACGUAAAGCGGGCUACUAACAGGGCACCCUCUGCUCAUGACUAUUGGUGGGCUGAGCACCAGAAAACUUGUGGUGGCAGUUACAUAAAAAUCAAGGAGCCAGAGAACUAUAUAAAAAAAGGCAAAGGAAAGAUGAAACUAGAAAAGCACCCAUUGUCAGCAACAGAGAAUAAAGGUAAACCAAACAGAGGUGAGACACAGCUGUUAAUCCCUUUUAGUGGGAAAGGAUAUGUUCUAGGAGAAACAAGCAAUGCACCUUCAUCUGGGAAAUUUAUCCCCUCACAUGCCAUUAAUAGAACACAGGAACUUUUGAGUCAAGACCAUUCAGUAAAUCCUCUAAGACCAAAUUCUAAAAUUGAAGUGAAAUUUGAACAGAAUGGUUCAAGUAAAAAAACUUCUCAUGUAGUCUCCCCUGUUCUUAAUUCCAGUCACCAAAGUGUUUUAAGUAACUACUUUCCUAGAGUAUCAGUUGCAAACCAAAAGGCUGUCAGAAGUGUGAAUGGAUCUCCAGUGAAAGACUUAACAGCUGGUGAUACCACUAAAAGUUCAGUUCCUUUUAGUUCUCUGAGAAGGGUUACAUCUUCUAAGAUAUCCCUAAGAAAUUCUUUAAGAGCAAUGGAAUCGACAUCCGUGACUGCAUCCCAGGAUGUGAGUGGGUCUGAAGAUAAAUUGCCAAGUAAACGACCCAGGCUAGAAGACAAGAAUGUUUUUGCCAAUUUUUUUAUCAAGAAAGAGCCAACGCAAAGUGGUGGUAAUGAUCUACAGUAUAGUUCAUUUCCUGCAACCUCAGCUCAGAAUUCCGGUAGUUCAUCCAGCCAGAACAAAAUGGUUAAUUGUCCUGUGUGUCAGAAUGAAGUUCUGGAGUCUCAAAUUAAUGAGCACUUGGACUGGUGCCUUGCACGCGGAAGUAUCAAAGUCAAAAGUUGAAAACGUCUUUGAAAAAUGAAUGGAUCUCACAUACCGCCUGUAGGUUAUAACCUACUAAGAGUUGUAGUUUAUAAUGUUCACACAACUGAUAGAAAAUGUUCUGGUAUAUAUAUGAGACUGUCAUUUAAAAAAAUUUUCUCAGGGUGCUAUAUUCACUCUUGCCUUACAUACACUGUAGCCCAGAAGUUGUUUUGCCUGUAUAUGUUUAUUAUUUUUAGAUUCUUUUAUCCUUUCUUGUUCUCAAAGGUUUUUAAAUCUGUUAAUCUUUUUAUUUGUGUACCCUCCUCAAAACAUUACUAUGAGGAAUCCUGUCAGGUAUUGGGUUAAACUGAAUAUCUCUUUAUUAACUAUAUUAAAACUCAUUCCCAGAACUAGUAUCAGACAGGGUGACCAAAACACAGUCCUAGAGUAUGAAGUAUAUUAGUUGUUAUAGGGUACUCAACUUUUCCCAAAAAAUCUUAACAAGAAGUAUAUUUUCUAAAUUUUAAAGAAUUUUAUUUCUUUGUUCCAUCUUCACUGAAAAGUGGCAGCAGAUUUCAGGUUAAAGUAGAUGAGGAAGUUUCUGUUGAGAUAUUACUGGUAACAUAGAUACUGUAAUCCUGUAUGGCAGAUCUUAAAUUGAGUUUAGCUAUUUUCUCAAAAUUUAGCAAAGUGGGUGGUUAAAACUCAGUGCUGAUUAGUAUAACUGGUAUAUUCGAUAUAGAAAAGUUGCCUAAUUUAUGUAACAGUGGACUGUUAUAUGGAAACAGUAUUAUGAACCUUAAACCAAAUUUGGAACUAUUAUAAUUAAUGGAAUACCAUCUGUGCAUUUCAAAGAGUGUAUUUCUUUUUAAAAAUGUUCUUUUCCAUGUUAUUGAUAAGAUACUUUAUCUGCUUGCUUUUUGUCUGCCAGCUGCACCUCUAGCAUGUUGGCAUAUUCCCAAGACCUUAGUUGCUCACAAGUUUUCUUUUUUCUUAAGUUUAUUGCAGUGUAACUUGAACAUACUGUAAGGUGCACACAUCUUAAGUGUACAAAUAGGGAAACUUUCAGGUAGUGUUCACCUGCUUGACUACUACCGGGAUCAUUUCCUCCCUCAGGUGCCUCUUUCCAGACAAUACCCACCACCACUAAAGGUAACCACUGUUUUGAUCUCUCAUCACCAUAGAUUAGUUUAGCCUGUUUUUGAACUUCAUAAAGGUAUUAUCUUUUUAAGUGUAAGAGAAGUUUCUGCUUUUUCAUUGCUCUAUAAUAUUUCUAUAAAUAUACCAGAAUUUAUUCAUUCAUUCAAAUAUUAAUGGACAUUUGAAUUGUUUCCAGUUUGGGGCUAUUAUGAAUAAUGCUGCGAAGAACAUUCUCGUAAUGUUUGGGGGGGCAAAAGUACUCAUUUCCACUGGGUAUAUACCCAGUAAUGGAAUUGCUGGGUCACAGGAGAUAUUUAUGUUUAGCUUUAGUAAAUGUUGCCAGUUUACACUCUUACCAGCAAUGUUCAGCAUUUUAACUCUAUUGUCAGUCCUUUUAAUUAAUUUUAGCUUACCUGGUUGGUUGUCCACAAGUUUUGAUAUUUCUUAAACAUGAAGUUUAAAAAUGGUAUUUAAUAAAUAUUUAUUUAUAGGUAAAUGGCUAUUUAAAUGUGUUAUUUUGAACAUAUGUAGUUUUUACUUUCAUAGAGGAUGAUUUUCUCUAAUUCAAUUCAACAAAUUAUGUGUAAACAUUUUUUGAGCACAAGACUGCAACAAGACUCUGGGGGCAAUGAAGGUAAGUAAGACAGUCCAUUCCUCAAGGAGUGCUAUAGCCUGGUUGGGAAGUGAGACAAAAACAGAUUAAUUCAAUAGAACUUGGUAAGUGCUGUGCUGGGAUUUCUGCUUAGUGCUGUAGGAAUUUAAGGGAGGAUAAUUAGCAUAGUCUGGGGUUUUCUUGGAGACAACAUCCAAGUUGAAUCUUCUAGGGUGAGUAGAGGUAGCCUGGUAUAGAAGGGGGAAAGGGUGUUGCAAAGAAAAAUAAUACAAAAAGGCACCAAAAGGCAUGUUCUACUGGGAGAACUAUAAUCUGUUCCAUGUAAAUAGAGUGUAAAGUGUGAAGGGGUAAAAUGGCAAAAGGAGUAGGAUUGCAGAGAUGACAGACCUAGCUAAGAAUUUCGAGGGCAGGGACUGUAUCUAUUAUGUUCUUCACUUUAAUGUCCAGUUUGUGUAGUGCCUGAGGAUAAUUACGUUGACUGGAGUGUGGGGUGGUGGCAGUGGGCUUGUAAAGGUUUUUGAGCUAGAAGAACACAUUCAGAUGAGUUUUGAUUGAAUCUUCUGGGGCAGUAUAGAUUUCUAGGAGGAAUGGCAGUGGCAGGGAUGGAGAGUAGAGGAUGGGUUGAGAAAUAUUUAGGUGGCAAAAUCAGGAGGAGAUGGUGUUAAUUUCUAGGGGAUGAUGGAAAUAUCUGUCAGCUGGUAAGAAAAUGGAAAUUUAAUUUUUAAAUUGGGAUUAAAUAAACCUUUACUUCAUCCAUGUAAAAAAAACUUUUGAGAGGCCUUACCUCGUUGAAGAUUUUAAAACUGGUGCAUCUGAGUAUCUGGGGGUGGGCUGGGGUAGAUUGGAGUUCUCUGAAAAGGGUUUAUUUUUAAACCUCAUUUGCAACUGUCCUGUAAGUUUGAAGUUAUUUCAAAAUUAAAAGUUUAAGAAAACCUUUGAGAAAAUAUGCACCCUAAGGAUUCUGUUAACCCCCCCCGCCCCGAACAUACACACACACCAAA